AAACAAAGAAAAGAGCGUGACCGUAUUUUCAUUCCAUUUUCCCCCAUUUUGUUUUCCCUUUGUUGAAAUUAUUCAUUAAUUUAAUUUGUUUUAUCCUCCUCCGGAAAAGUAAAAAACAAACACACCACAAUGGCAUGAUAUAUAUAUAUAAGGGGUACAGGUACAAGUGGAGGUUCAUAAUUGAUUGUUGCAACAACAGCAGCGAAAAUGGAAUUAUCGUUUGGAAACAUGACUAGUACAAAAAUGAUAUGUUUUACAAGCCCUACUUGUGUGACUACUACUAUUAAAAGAAGAAUGAUGAUGAAAUGCAAUUCUAAUAAUAAUAUUAUGAGGAGAAUGUGGCAGCAGCGAAUUAAGAGCAGCGCAAAAAGCCAAGGAAGAUGUAUUGUAGUUGAUGAAGAGGAUUAUGUGAAAGCGGGUGGAUCGGAAUUGGUGUAUGUUGAAAUGCAACAGAAUAAGUCCAUGUCUACUCAGUCCAGUCUUUCUGAUAAGCUGCCACGGAUAUCGAUUGGAGAGGGUGUGCUGGAUUUGGUUGUAAUCGGUUGUGGUCCUGCCGGACUUGCUCUUGCUGCAGAAUCCGCAAAGCUAGGCUUGAAUGUCGGACUCAUUGGACCCGAUCUUCCUUUUACAAAUAACUACGGUGUUUGGGAGGAUGAAUUUAUAGGUCUUGGACUUGAAGGGUGUAUUGAACAUGUUUGGCGGGAUACACUUGUAUACCUUGACGACAACAAGCCCAUCCUCAUAGGUCGUGCCUAUGGACGAGUUAGCCGUGAUUUACUUCACGAGGAGUUGUUGACAAGGUGUGUGGAGUCAGGUGUUACAUAUCUUAGCUCCAAAGUGGAAAGAAUUACUGACUCCCCAAACGGCCAAAGUCUCAUCGAGUGUGAAGGCGGUGUCACAAUUCCAUGCAGGCUGGCUACCGUUGCUUCUGGAGCCGCUUCAGGAAAAUUUUUGCAGUAUGAGCUUGGAGGUCCUCGUGUUUGUGUUCAAACAGCUUAUGGUGUAGAGGUUGAGGUCGAGAGCAUUCCCUAUGAUCCAAGCCUAAUGGUUUUUAUGGAUUAUAGAGACUACACCAAAAAUACAGCUCAAUCUUUAGAAGCACAAUAUCCCACCUUUCUUUAUGUCAUGCCCAUGUCUCCAACCAAAGUAUUCUUUGAGGAAACUUGUCUUGCUUCAAAAGAGGCCAUGCCUUUUGAUUUACUGAAGACAAAACUCAUGUCAAGAUUAAAGACAAUGGGAGUUCGAAUAACCAAAACUUAUGAAGAGGAAUGGUCAUAUAUUCCAGUAGGUGGAUCCUUACCCAAUACAGAGCAAAAGAACCUUGCAUUUGGUGCUGCUGCUAGCAUGGUGCAUCCAGCCACAGGGUAUUCGGUUGUCAGAUCGCUGUCAGAAGCUCCUAACUAUGCAGCAGUAAUUGCGAAGAUUUUAAGGGAAGGCUAUUCUAAACAGAUGCUUGAUCCAGGAAGAUACACAACAAACAUCUCAAAGCAAGCUUGGGAAACACUUUGGCCACUGGAAAGGAAAAGACAGAGAGCAUUCUUUCUCUUUGGCCUAGCUCUGAUUGUGCAAAUGGAUAUUGAGGGCACUCGUACAUUCUUCCGAACUUUCUUCCGCCUGCCCACUUGGAUGUGGUGGGGGUUUCUAGGAUCUUCUUUAUCCUCAACAGACCUAAUACUAUUUGCGUUUUACAUGUUUAUCAUAGCACCUCACAGCCUGAGAAUGGGACUAGUUAGACAUCUGCUUUCUGAUCCAACCGGGGCAACUAUGAUCAAAGCAUAUCUUACAUUUUAGAUCACUCUAGUCCCGAUCGGUUUAGAUUAUACUAGGCACAUCCUGCAUAUAUAUAUAUAACCUUUAUGUGUGUUGUAUCCGUACAUCAACGCAAGCAUCAAUUAUAUUUCCUGGGAGUAAUGAUGAUGAAGUGAUUUCUUGUCU